CCCCAAAGUAGCCCCAAAGAGUCUACUUGGGAUUCUCUCCCUCUGCCCCUGCCCCCUCAAAUAAAUAACAUCUUUUAAAAAAAUGUUUUAAAAAGAGGGAUGGGGUGCCCAGCUAUGGCCCCCGUCCCCCCACCAUUUGGCCUGGCUGGGUGGGCAGGAGGCCCUCUGUCCGCUCUCCUCCCUGCUGACCCUUAGCCUUCCUGUCCAGACUCCUGGGUGCAUUGUUUCUUGUUUUUCAUUCCCAUUAUGAAAGUAAGACCUUUCCAUGGUGGGGACGGGGAGGUGAGACCUUCUCAUUAAAGAAAAUCUAGGACAUUCCAAACUGUUAAAAAACAAAAACCACCAUUAGAGUCCCCAGACCCAAGCAGAGCAAUAAUGGGGAGGCCAUGGUAGGACGUAUUUCAGGUGGGUCAGAACCCCCCCCAGACUCGGAUCCUGCUCCCAGCCCAUUAACACCCACCAGUGUGACCUUGAGGCACAAUCCCUGACCCUGUCAGCCUCAGUUUUCUCGUCUGUAAAAUGGGUGUGUAUGUAGUAUUUCCCCCUUCUCGGGUUAGACUGAAUGGAAUAAUACACAUAAACACUUCCUUAGCCCGAUGAGGUAGAUAGCCGGUAUGACUCACCCAAACUGUGGGUGUGAUUCCCUCUGUUCUUUGAUGGUUCACCUGCCAUUCUCACACUGCUCAGAUCACUUUACCCUGGGCUUUUCCCAGUCAGCAUAGCCAAGAGCACCUUGCAGAUGACUACUGCUUUCUGCAAACCUGAUAAUCCCGCUUGCACUGCCAGCGGCCACCCACUGAGGCUUGUUUUUUUUUUUUUUCCCUAAUUGUUCAGAGUUCUACUGCACUCACAUGUGAAUUUUGGGUGGGGGGGGGCGGGAGUGUUUUCUCUGCAGAGCAGCUAAUUUCCUUAGGGGACAUUUGCAGGGGCCAUCUCUACCUCUUCAAGGCCAGUCCACAAAUCCCCAGUACUGUUUGGUCAACCACGCAUGACGUUCUCAUUCUCUUUGAUGAGGAGGCCAGGCCCCCGUAUCCCUCAAGAGCUGUAGACUGGUGGCUUGAAAGAUUUCUCUGUUGGGAAUGGAACCAUGUCCCAGGACAGGCUCUUCUCUGGUCCUCCCGCCACAGGCCCAGCCCAGCCCUGCUCCCAGCCUCAAGUCUUGACAGUGAAGUUAGAGCCUCUCCUGUCAGAUGUAUAGAAGGUGGGGGAGAAGAAGGGCAUGGGUAGAGAGGGACGGAAGGCCAGUUGGGGCUCAGGACGCUGGAGGUGAGUGGAUUGGGGCAGACUUGGUGAGUUCCAGUGGGCAGAGCAGGGUCAGCAAGGCACCUCACGCUUUCGUAAAUGGUUUCACGAGCACACAGCCCCACCCUUUACCUGUCCAUGGCUCCUUUCACGCUACGACAGUAGGGCUGAAGGGUAAGUGCCGUAGAGAUGUCAUGACCCACAAAGCUCAACAUCUGUACUGUAUAGGCUUUCAGAGAAAAGGUUUGCCUACAUCUGGGACCAAGGACUGCUUACUGCCAGGAAACAGCAAUGGACAGACCGAAGAGGACACAAGGAUGUUCUGCUUUCCAGCUAUGGGUCACAGGCAUUGCUGUGCCCUGGGCCCCAUGGACCCCAUGAGGCGGUCCCCCUCCCCCUGCUCAUCAAGACCCUCCAGCCCCAGGACCCCACCCUGCGAGAUGCUUGGUUACGUGGGCAUUGAAGCCGUGCUGGACCAACUGAAGAUCAAGGCCAUGAAGAUGGGGUUUGAAUUCAACAUCAUGGUGGUGGGCCAGAGCGGGCUGGGCAAGUCCACAAUGGUGAACACCCUUUUCAAGUCCAAGAUGUGGAAGUCCACUGUGCAAGGCCUGGGGACGCCCACACCCCAGACGCUGAAGCUGCAGUCGGUGACUCACGUCAUCGAGGAGAAGGGCGUGAAGCUCAAGUUGACGGUGACCGACACGCCUGGCUUUGGAGACCAGAUCAACAACGACAAGUGCUGGGACCCCAUCCUAGGCUACAUCAGUGAACAGUAUGAGCGGUACCUGCAGGAAGAGAUCCUCAUCACCCGCCAGCGUCACAUCCCCGACACCCGGGUGCACUGCUGCAUAUACUUCGUGCCACCCACUGGGCACUGCCUGAGGCCCCUAGACAUUGAGUUCCUACAGCGGCUGUGCCGGACUGUGAACGUGGUGCCUGUGAUUGCCCGGGCCGACAGCCUGACCAUUGAGGAGCGAGAGACCUUCAGGCGCAGGAUCCAGCACAACCUGAGGACUCACUGCAUUGAGGUGUACCCGCAGAAAUGCUUUGAUGAGGACAUCAACGACAGGAUCCUCAACAGCAAGAUCCGGGUAGGAGGCCAUGACGGGCCGGGCAGGCUGUUGUGACCAAGGCUGGGCGAUUUGCUUUCCACUCAUCCUUCCCAUCCAAAGAUUCAUCUCUCUCUGCAGUCGGGGGGGGGGUUCACAUACUUCUAGCAGGUAUGAAUCUCCAUACACCCACAAACUCAAAAAGUGAGCAAGAAAUGGGUCGUAUCGACAACCCACAGAAUGGGAGAAAAUGCUUGCAGAUGAUAUAUCUGGUAGGGACUUUUAUCCUAAACAUUUCAAGAACUCUUACAAAUCAGCAAUAAAAGGUAAUAACCAAUUUAGAAAAGGGCAAAAGUUUUUUUGUUGGUUUUUUUAUGUGGGCUCCACACCCAAUAUGGAGCCCAAUGUGGGGCUUGAACUCACGACCCUGAGAUCAAGACCUGAGCUGAGUUUGAGAGUUGGACACUUCACUGACUGAGCCCCCCAGGCAUCCCCGGGCAAAGGUUUUGAAGGGACAUUCCCCCAGAGAAUUUGAACAGAUGGCCAAUAGGCACAUGAAAAGAUGUCAGUUCGAUAUCACUCGUCAUAAGGGAAACGCAAAUCAAAGCCACGAGACGAGGUACCACUGCACACCCACUAGGACAGCUGUGGUCAAAUGGACAGGCUGGUGAGGACGUGGAGAAGUUGCGUUUGCACACGCUGCUGGCAGUCCUUCCAAAGGCUAAACGCCAAGUUAGCGGAGUACCCAGCAGUGGUUCCGCUCCCAAGAGACAAUGAAAACCCACGUUCACAUAAAAACGUGUGCACGGAUGUUCCUGGUGGAGAUACUCGCCAUAGUCGGAGUGGAAAUAAUGCACGUGUCUAUUAACUUACGAACGGAUAAAUACACGUGGUGUGUCCACACAAUGGAAUAUUCUUCAGGCUUAAAAAGGAAGAAAACUUGCCACAAUGCGGUUAGACCUGGAAAACAUGAAGCUAUGUGAAAGAAAUGAGACGACAAAAGGAUAAACAUUACAUGAUUCCGUUCUGGAAUGUCCCGAACAGGAAAAUCCCAUGGAGACAGAAAGUAGGACCGGAUCCCCUUUGCUGUGGUCGGGGCUGACCGAGAGCACCUGGUGAAUGGGAGGUGUGUCCUGGGCCGGAAGACCAAGUGGGGCAUCAUCGAAGUGGAGAACUUGGCGCACUGUGAGUUUCCCCUCCUGAGAGACCUGC